UCAAAUCAUCCAGAAAAAACAAAAAAAAACAAAAAAAUAAUAAAACAAAAAAAUAUCUUUUUUUUUUCUAAUAAAAAAAAAAUAAUAAAUAAAUAUGAGAUACACAAAUGUGUCCAUUUUAUUAGGCAUGUUGGUGAUCUUUGUUUCACCAAUGGUGUUCGCAGAUGAUUUGACACCAAUCCCAGAGGGCAAACCCCAAGUGGUGCAGUGGUUCAAUACCCACGUUGGUCCAUUGGCUCAACGUAAAGGCUUAGAUCCUGCUCUCGUAGCUGCUGAGGCUGCUCCACGUAUCAUCAACGUGAAUCCAAAGGGAGGUGAAUUCAAAACACUAACAGACGCAAUAAAGAGCGUUCCCGCAGGGAACACAAAGCGGGUGAUCAUAAAGAUGGCUCAUGGUGAGUACAGAGAGAAGGUCACUAUCGACAGGAACAAACCCUUCAUUACAUUGAUGGGACAACCCAAUGCCAUGCCUGUUAUCACCUACGACGGUACCGCCGCCAAGUAUGGAACCGUUGAUAGUGCCUCUCUCAUUAUCUUAUCCGACUAUUUCAUGGCCGUUAACAUCGUCGUUAAGAACACUGCACCGGCACCAGAUGGUAAAACUAAGGGAGCACAAGCCUUAUCCAUGAGAAUCUCCGGAAACUUUGCUGCUUUCUACAACUGCAAAUUCUACGGUUUCCAAGAUACAAUCUGUGAUGAUACCGGAAACCAUUUCUUCAAGGAUUGUUACGUCGAAGGAACAUUCGAUUUCAUCUUCGGAAGUGGAACCUCUAUGUACUUGGGAACACAAUUGCACGUGGUUGGAGACGGUAUUAGAGUGAUCGCAGCGCAUGCAGGAAAGAGCGCAGAAGAAAAGAGUGGAUACUCUUUCGUGCACUGCAAGGUGACUGGAACUGGAGGAGGAAUCUAUUUGGGAAGAGCAUGGAUGAGCCACCCUAAGGUUGUCUAUGCCUACACCGAGAUGACCAGCGUUGUCAACCCCACCGGAUGGCAAGAAAACAAGACUCCCGCACAUGACAAGACCGUGUUCUACGGAGAGUACAAGUGUUCAGGACCAGGGUCACACAAAGCCAAGAGAGUGCCAUUCACACAAGACAUCGACGACAAAGAAGCUAACUGUUUCCUAUCCCUCGGCUACAUCCAAGGAUCCAAGUGGCUUCUCCCACCACCCGCUUUGUAAAUUCUUUAAUAUCAACCUAUUAAAAUUAAAAUUAAAACGUAAAACUAAAAUUAAAACUUCUACUUACAUCCUUUUUUCACCGAAAUAUGUUUAUCGGUGUAUAUUAUUUUUGUCGAUAUUUUCUUUCAAUUUCCAGAAAUCCUCUCUUCUUUAAAUAUCAUGGAGGAGUUGAGAUUUAUGUAAUUUUGGUUUCAUUAUAAUAAAAUGUUGUUUCCGUUCAUAACUCUUGUAUAUUUGUUUAAGUAGCCCCUUUUCUUAUGUUUGAUAUAUUUUAUCUCGAGAACUUAAU